GACCUGCGGUCUUUGGCGACGUCUCAGAAAGUUGGGCGUUGAUUGAUUGAUCCGUCGAGAGUCGGAUAUUCAAUGUUACUUGUGGAUAUAUUAUCAUGGCUCGGUUGUUGGGGUUUCUGUUUCUUUCGCAUCGGUUGAAUCAGCGAGCAACUAUUACAGGAGUGCAAUGGAUGAAUUUCUUUUUUCACAGAAAAUUGGUCAGGCAUUGGGGAGAGCGUGGUGUAUUACAAAGGUCAUCUGUAUCUAUUUUUAUUAUGAUCCCGUGCACCAUACUGGGCGUCUCUUAUUCAGUCUCGCUAGAGGAAUUCAAGCACACGAUAAUGCUAAUCAAUUGGUAUUCCUGGCAAAGUAGUGGAGAGUAUGUAAAUAUUGUGACACAGGGUAAGUGGUUAGCCCAAAGCCUCAUUUGGAAGUCAUUAUACAUCGGUGGGCGAAAAGUCGAUAUAGUACAGUUUGGAUCUUCUCGGGCUGAUAGCACCGUUCUAUCACCCGAUACGUUUUUCUUUGGGGGGAUUGUCACUUAGAUGACCCCCCUUCUACCGCGCAGUCCAACCCUGUGAUUUCAGAUCCUCGACCUUAGCUGCGUCUUCCUGCUUGAUGCGCUCGAUUGUCUUGUCCCGAUUGUAUUCCAUGACGCGCUUUUCCUUGAAGUAUUUGACCUAUUCAACAU